AUGCAGCAAAGUUCCACCAAGCGCCCACAUCGUUGGAACACCUCGCUGCCCAGGCGAUUAGCUGGAGAUGUAGGUGCGGCAGCAGUAUCGGCGACACUCAUAACACCGAUAAUCACAGUCAUUGACAGAGCCCUCGUUGAGAAGUCCUCAUUCAAUCAACCCAUCAUUCGUGGCCUACGAAAUCAUACACUUGUUGCCCUUAGGAAUCCCGCGCGGUUUGUCUUCCAAGUGCCUUUUGGUCUCAUCUGGACCUUGUACACAGCCACCUACGCGGUUGCAAAUGGAACCGAUACAAUCGGCACAGAGCUGAAAGCUCCCGCGACGGGGAUGAUAACAUUCCUCUCAACAACUAUCGUGAAUGUACCGCUAGGUGUAUGGAAAGAUAUUCGAUUUGCCAAGAUUUUUGGAACACAAAAAGGCCCCGACAGUGUCGAGACGGUGCGAAAGUCGGUCGUGCAGAACAAAGGCAUUGCACGAGCUGCGACGGCCAUGUUCCUUGCUCGCGAUAGUAUUACUAUCUUUGGUUCUUUCACGCUCGCUCCCAGACUUGCAGCUGUGAUACCCGAUGACUUGACUAGUCACCCGCACGCGAAGCCGGUAAUUACCCAGCUGACCGUGCCGGUGUUGACUCAAUUGGUUGCGACGCCGCUACAUUUGUUCGCACUUGACCUUUAUAUACGGCAGCAUCAUGUGCCACUGUCAGAUCGAAUCGUGCAGUCUCAGCGUCAUCUAGGGUCGACUACGGUGUUUCGAUGUAUUCGAAUCAUUCCCGCUUUUGGAUUUGGGUGUUUGGCCAAUAUGGAGUUGAGGUCAAUGUUUCAUGGGAAAUUAGAAGUAGGAACUUGA